CUGGAUUCCGUAGCAUUUUUAGUAGAGAUUGAUGCUAGUGUUCCAGAACCUGAUGAUUCUGUUGCAACGAUAUUGUCUUCACCACGCAAAUUAUUAUCUAACGGUGCUUCACAGUUAACCCGGAAAGGUUUCACGUUCCUAAACAAUGCCGUCAACACUGCUAAAGAUAUUGGUGCUAAUUCUGAUGUUCCUUAUAUAUUAGAAGAUGCAUGGAGCAAAAUAAAUAUAAAAGAAGAUCUUGGUACCUUCCUACAGAAUGUGGUAGAUAUAGUCGAUCCAGUGGAUGAUGGAAAUGUCUUCGUCCAAGUGACGAAUCUAGAUCUAGUGAUAUUUCUCGUGUUCCGGAUCAUGCCUAUGGUAAGCGUUACCAUUGACAGUUCGGAAUUUAGCUCUCUUUUUCCUUUUUUUUCGGGUAAGCCCUUUUUGUCCGGGUAA